AUGUCACUGCUAAUGAAUACUUAUCAGAUUUCAUCUCCAAUCACUUUCCAAAGCUCUAUCCAAGUGAGGCUUGGAGAACACAACCUGGCAGUCAGGGAAGGCACUGAACAGUUCAUUAAUUCAGCCGAAGUCAUCCAUCACCAGAAUUACAGCCCUCAGACGCUGGACAAUGACAUCAUGCUCAUCAAGCUGGCCAGUGCAACUACCCUCAACUCCUACGUCAAUACAAAUGCCCUGCUGACCAGCUGUGUGGCCACUGGCACCCAGUGCCUGAUCUCUGGCUGGGGCAACACCCUCAGCAGUGGUACUAACUACCCUGACCUCCUGCAGUGCCUGAAAGCUCCUGUCCUGUCCUCCAGCAAGUGCAGCAGUGCUCAUCCAGGACAAAUCCCUAGUAACAUGAUCUGUAUCGGAUACCUGGAGGGGGGCAAAGAUUCCUGCCAGGGGGAUUCCGGUGGCCCAGUAGUCUGCAAUGGGAGACUCCAGGGGAUUGUCUCCUGGGGAAUUGGUUGUGCACAUAAAGGUUACCCCGGGGUCUACACUAAAGUGUGCAACUAUGUCUCCUGGAUCCAAAAUAACAUUGCUACCAAUUGAGAUGCUCUCAUGCCAUGUGACCAGACUAUCUUCCAUACCCCAUUUCCUCAGCCAUGUAUGAGACUUUCCAACUCUAUGGAAUAAAUAGAGUUUGAUGCAACAUUGUGUUUGUGUAAAUGUUCUUUGGGCUGUUUUUCUGCUUAGGUAUACUGCAUGG